ACCUCAUCGGGGCAGCCAGGUGCGAGCCAUUCUUGAGCCACUUGAGAUUUUUCUCUCCGAGAUCAAUCUUGUCAUUCACACAGAGUCUCGCUACGAGCGACCAUGUCGCGCGCCUCUCAACUGACCCUCGCGGGCACCUCGCUCUUUGCUGCCGCAACUGUCGUUUUUGUUCACUUCCAACAGAAGUGGGAGAAGCAGGCAAUGCACCAGGGUGUAAUCCGCGACAUGGAGCAACAGCGCAUUAAGAAAGAGCGCCAACUCGACUUCGAUAUGCAGCGAGCUCUCGAGGAAGAAUACAAGAAGGGCCAGACCGUCACCCUGUCGCCACAUCCCGAAACCCCAUCAGCCUUGCCCCCGAACCGGUGAUUUCGAAUGCGCCGCGAGAAUCUCCCUACCUGCCUCGCCGGGAGCUCUGCUGAAUGCCGUGCUGGCACAGCACUCCUCACUCACGCACUCCUUACCGAGUCCGAGCUCGACGCUCCAACAAU